AUGGCAAAAUCAUUGAGAUCAAAAUCAAAACUACAAGCUAAAAGCGUGAAAAGGAAAGGUGAAUUUUCAAAAUUUGUAGAUGAGAGAAACAAGAGAAUAGCUGAAAAAUUAUUAAAGGAAACAGCUAAACAAGAAGAAGCUAAAAAGCAAAAACAAGCCGAUAAAGAGAACGGUGCCGUUGCAGAAGCAAUAAAUAAAGAGUCAAUGGAUGUUGACAACAAGGAACCUAAAAAAGUAAGUACUUCUGGUUGGAGAGAUUCAAAUUCACAAAGAUAUAAGCAGAGGAAACUGAAAAGUGGGAAAAUUAGAAAAAGAGGUUAA